GCCCCUGAGCAACGGACGUGAAAUCGUGUAUUUUUGUGGGCUGUGUAUUAUCGUCGAGCGUCGGUAAAACUGAACGUAAAGCGAGAGAACUGAACGAAUGGGCCAAUUUGAAUAGCUAGUGAAUUUGAAGCGGCCAAAUAAAUCAAUUAGAAGUUAAUCGAAUAAAGAAUUUAGCAAAGCCUUUUAAAAAAAUGAACUUAAGGUUUUGGCUAUCUUAAAUUCUGGCAAAAUCAUAAGGAACUCGCAAAUCAAACUAAAAUCAAAAUUAAUUAAGCUAACUUCCAAGGCAAUGUGGAGUUAUUAAACCAUCUGACCUAAGAAUCAUGGUGAAGAUCGAGGAAGGUCUGCCGUCCAGCGAGAUUAGCGCUCACAGUCACCACUUUCAGCACCACCACCCACUGCCGCCCACCACCCACCAUUCCGCGCUCCAAAGUCCCCAUCCCGUCGGGCUGAAUCUCACCAAUCUAAUGAAAAUGGCCAGGACACCACAUUUGAAGUCCAGCUUUUCCAUUAAUUCCAUUCUACCCGAGACUGUGGAGCAUCAUGACGAGGAUGAGGAAGAGGAUGUGGAGAAGAAGGCACCGGCGAAAUUUCCGCCCAACCAUAAUAAUAACAAUCUGAAUCCCACGAACUGGGGAUCGCCGGAGGAUCAUGAGGCGGAAAGCGAUCCCGAAUCGGAUCUCGAUGUGACCUCCAUGUCACCGGCUCCCGUUGCGAAUCCCAACGAAAGCGAUCCGGAGGAAGUCGACGAGGAGUUCGUGGAGGAGGAUAUCGAAUGUGACGGGGAGACAACCGAUGGAGAUGCGGAAAAUAAAUCGAACGAUGGCAAGCCGGUUAAGGAUAAGAAGGGCAACGAAAAGCCACCUUACAGCUACAAUGCCCUGAUCAUGAUGGCCAUUCGUCAGAGCUCCGAAAAGCGUCUAACCCUGAAUGGCAUCUACGAGUACAUCAUGACCAAUCAUCCAUACUACCGGGACAACAAACAGGGCUGGCAGAACUCCAUAAGACACAACUUGAGCCUGAAUAAGUGCUUCGUCAAGGUGCCAAGGCACUAUGAUGAUCCUGGCAAGGGCAACUACUGGAUGUUGGAUCCCUCGGCGGAAGACGUAUUCAUUGGCGGAUCGACGGGGAAGCUGAGGAGGAGAACCACAGCCGCCUCUCGCUCCCGACUGGCCGCCUUCAAGAGAUCCCUGAUAGGACCCAUGUUCCCGGGACUGGCUGCCUAUCCGCAGUUUGGCCAAUUUCUUACCUAUCCCCCGACGGCGCCCAGCUUGCUGGCUAGCAUGUAUCAGCGUUACAAUCCCUUUGCCCCGAAAGGCGGGCCAGGACAUCCGGGCUUGCCACCGGGCUUGCCGGGACUUCCCGGACCACCGGGACCUCAAGGACCGCCAGGACCGCCACCUCCACCCUUUGUUGCACCACCCACGAGCAGUGAACUCUACCAGCGAUUGCAGUACCAACAGCUGUUGCAUCAACAUGCGGCAGCCGCCGCCCUGGCGGCUCAUCAAAGGCAACUCUCGGUGGCGGCAGCAUCGGCGGCGUCCCAACCACCGCCCACCCAUCACCACCCACACCUGGCUGUAGGACAGGCGCCCCUUUCGCCCGGCGGCGAUUCCCCGGGACCCUCGCCACAGCCCCUCAUCAAACCUGUCACCGUAGUCUCCCGCAAUAGCUGAAGAUUCUGGCGAGAAGAAUCGUAUGAUUCUUUGGCUUGAGGAGCAGCAUAUGUAGCUCAUAAGUAUUCACUGUACAUAGAUAUAGCCGCGACUGAGGCGCUAGACGCUUGUAAAUAGUUGAGAACUGGGUUAAAUAUACGAAAACUAAAGAAAGAACUUAAACUAACAGCAUAUUCGGUUUACCGGAUUUAAUAAAAGCCUUUGCAGAGUUUGUAAAAAUAUUGUCAUCCCUACCAUCCCACUUUCUAUUUAUAUAACUAACUUUAUAUAACUAUUUGUUAUGUUAUAAUCUUAUCAUCAUAUAACCCCGUCCAAUAUCGAUCUAUAGCACUUAGAUAAUGUUAUAAAAAUCCCCUUGAAAACCAGAUUUUAAAUAACUUUGCAAAGGCUUUUUCCAGCGAAUGUUUCAGAGUUGGUAACUUGUUGUCACAUAUCCGCGAUAUAUGUAAUAUGAUUAACGAUACUUAAGCGCUGCAGCCAAGAACUAAGCACCAUUUAAUUUAUAUAUUAUUGUAUAUUUAGACACCGAACGGAGCGAUGAAAACAGAAACCAAUUAAAAUUAUACUGAAAUAAAAAUU